UCGUCAGUCAAAAUGAAGACUAUUUCGUUCAGGUGGUACUGCUUCUUCGCCGCAUGUUUGGCUUUGGCAACUGCUACAAUUGAAUUGCCACCGGAACUUCUAGAUUACAUCAACACCCUCCACGUCAAAUGUUUGGCGUCCACCGGAAAAUCCGAAGAAUUGCACAGUCAAUAUGAUGUCAAGACAAACACUCCAGAUAUGAGCUGUUACAUGAAGUGCCUAAUGGUGGAAUCCAGAUGGAUGGAUGAUGAUGGUACAAUUAAUUACAACUUCAUCAUAAACGAAUUUGAGCUGUUCGACCAAGAUCUACCUGAACUUAGGGACAUUAUGGUAAAUGCAGUUAACCAAUGUCGAGACGUCACUGGAAAUGACCCAUGUCACAAGGCGUACAACUUCAACUACUGCAUUUACGAAGCUGACCAAGAGACCUGGUUUUUGGCUUGAUGUUCCCAAAACACUUGUAAAUGACGACAUGCUUGUAAAUUGGACUUUUCUUAAAAUGUGACUAUUAUUAAACAUUUAUUAUUAUUAAUAAAUCCUUAAAAAAAAAUUAAAAUUUUGGGCAGGGGAAUUAAAAUCUUAAUUAAUUCGCAACGACAUUAAGUUAUUUAUUACAAAAUAAAUAUUUUAAAUUAUUUAUUGAACAUUAAAACUUAAAUUUAAUGUUUUU